CUUCAUUUUUCAGUCACCUGAAAUGGAAGAAGAGAGGAGCAUUGGAACAGCUGGAUACAACAUGGGGAUAUUGAUGCUAGCUUGCACUGUCUUGACAUGGAUUGCCAUCCAUAGGUGGAGUCAGAGGCAUACAAAAGGCCCCAAAACGUGGCCACUAGUAGGGGCAGCAAUUGAGCAGCUAAUAAACUAUGACAGAAUGCAUGACUGGCUUGUCAAAUACUUGUCCAAGUCAAGAACUGUUGCGGUCCCCAUGCCUUUCACUACUUAUACCUACAUUGCAGAUCCUGCCAAUGUAGAACAUGUCCUCAAGACCAACUUCGCCAAUUAUCCCAAGGGUGAAGUGUAUCAUUCAUACAUGGAAGUACUGCUUGGAGAUGGAAUUUUCAAUGUAGAUGGUGAGCUCUGGAGGAGGCAGAGGAAGACUGCAAGCUUCGAGUUUGCAUCCAAGAACUUGAGGGAUUUCAGCACUAUUGUAUUCAGAGAGUAUAGCCUCAAGCUCUCUGCUAUUCUUAGUGAAGCCUCUUUCCACAACCGAGAAGUAGACAUGCAGGAUUUGCUUAUGAGGAUGACGUUGGACUCCAUAUGUAAGGUGGGAUUUGGUGUAGAAAUUGGGACUUUGGCUCUUAAUCUACCAGAAAACUGCUUUGCUCGUGCUUUUGACACUGCAAACAUCAUUGUCACACUUCGCUUCAUCGACCCACUAUGGAAAAUAAAGAAAUUUCUUAAUGUAGGUUCAGAAUCUCUGCUUGAUAAGAGCAUUAAAGUCAUUGAUGAUUUCACAUACUCUGUUAUUCGUACAAGGAAAGCAGAGAUAGAUCAAGCUCGUAAAUCGCAUGACGAUAAGAUAAAGCAUGACAUAUUAUCAAGAUUCAUCGAGUUAGGUGAAAACCCAGAAAGCAAUUUAACCGACAAAAGCCUCCGAGAUGUAGUGCUCAACUUUGUGAUAGCUGGCCGUGAUACAACAGCAACAACUCUCUCAUGGGCUGUGUACAUGAUGAUGACUCAUGCCCAUGUAGCUGACAAGCUUUACUCAGAGCUCAAAACUUUUGAAGAAGAUCGAGCAAAAGAAGAUAAAAUUUCACUGCUCCAUUAUGACAUAGAGGACUCCAAGUCAUUCAAUCAAAGAGUGACCCAAUUUGCAAGACUCUUGACCUAUGAUUCAUUGGGGAGUUUACAUUACUUACAUGCAGUGAUCACAGAAACACUACGCUUGUACCCUGCAGUCCCUCAGGACCCCAAGGGCAUAUUGGAGGACGAUGUUUUGCCAGAUGGAACCAGAGUAAAAGCAGGAGGCAUGGUGACUUACGUCCCCUACUCGAUGGGUAGAAUGGAGUACAACUGGGGUCCUGAUGCAAUGUUAUUCAAGCCUGAGAGAUGGCUUAAAGAGGGGUUCUUCCAAAAUGCAUCUCCUUUCAAGUUCACUGCAUUCCAGGCUGGUCCAAGGAUAUGCCUUGGGAAGGACUCGGCAUAUCUCCAAAUGAAGAUGGCAAUGGCUUUAUUGUGUAGGUUUUUCAAAUUCAAUUUAGUACAAGGGCACAUAGUGAAGUACAGGAUGAUGACAAUUUUAUCUAUGGCCAAUGGAUUAAAGGUUACCGUCACCAGAAGAUCUUAAGAUGCCUCGGGGUGGCCAUUAGGUUGUUGCUAUCAAUAAGGUGAAAAUGUCCAUGGGUGUUAUCGUAUGUACUUGCCCAUUGGCUCCAA